UCCGUCGGCCGCCUGCUCGCCCUGCUGCACCAGCUCGGCCGCCGCGACGUGAUCGCCGACCUGCAGCCCCGCAUCGAAGAGGACUGUAAGAAGUACCUGGAAAAGAAAAAGCAGCAGGCACCCCCCCCUAUCCAGCACCCACCAGUGGACAGCAGCAUCCCGAAGACAUCAGAAUUAUCAGGCAUCACAACCCAAGACGAUCCCUUCGGGAACGAGCCGGAGCUGUUCGAUGCUUUUAUCUGCUACUGUCAGAAGGACAUUGAGUUUGUGCAGGAGAUGAUCACAGAGCUGGAGCAAACAGAGUUCAAGCUGAAGCUGUGCGUCUUUGAUCGGGAUGUCCUGCCAGGGUCGUGUGUGUGGUCCAUUACCAGUGAGCUCAUAGAGAAAAGGUGCCGAAGGAUGGUAGUCGUCAUUUCUGAUGAUUACCUAAACAGCAGUGAAUGUGACUUCCAGACCAAAUUUGCUCUUAGCCUUUCCCCAGGUGCUCGCCACAAACGGCUGAUUCCAGUCAAGUGCAAAUCUAUGAAGAAUGAAUUCCCAAGCAUCCUGAGGUUCAUUACAGUUUGCGACUACACCAAUCCCUGCACCAAAAGGUGGUUCUGGAUAAGACUGGCAAAAGCCCUCAUGCUCCCAUAAGGCAGUGCUAAAUAACCAAGUGCCUUUUGAUUCAACUCUGCUGCACCUUCAAGAAAAAGGCCUCCGAGGCUCGAGCCAUUACAAAAUCAUCAGCGCUCUGGAAUUCAAUCCUUGCCAUGUUGUGCUGGGAGCCUGCAAGUGAAGAUCGGUAGUGGCAUCCGACUGCCUUAAAGCGGGUAAUCACAAGCCCUCCAAGGGGAAUAACAUGACAUGCUGAAAGCCACAAACCAGAGGUUUUGUCAAAUUGGUAUUUUGUUUGUUUUUUUUAAACACAGAUUUGGGCUUGUAACGGGACACUGGGGUAAUGUCUGCCAGGGUGACAGUAACUUUUUAGCCCCUAGUGCAGUGACUCUCAACCAGGAUACCAUGAGAUCCUCUUAAGGGUGCCACACAAGUGUGCAAACACCUACACAUGAUUCACAAGGUAAACCCUGAGAUUUUCUUAUAGAAAUCUAGGGGCCAAAGCAUCCUGACCUGUUUUAGGCUUUCUGAGUUCUUUGCAACAAAAGAAUUGCUCUAAUAUUUUUUUUUAUAGUCCAAAACUGAGUGAAAACUGAGCAAGCAUUAUUAGAGGUGUACCUUAAGUCUGAGGCAGUUGAGAAACACUGGUCUAAUGGAAUCCAAUGGCUUUUUUGUGAUCUGCAUGAAAUGGGGCUCAGCCUACUGGGCAAAUGACUGAUGUCAUGAGCAAUCAUUAAUGUCAGCCCUUUUCUCAGCAGAGGACCCUAAGGCCAAGCUAACCCAUUUGUUCCCUACAGACGACCUCUGCCACUCAGCCCUGUACCACAACUGCCCUGACAGCAAGGGGCAGUUUGUACUGCUCGUGCCCUGGCCAUGCACUCAAUGGGUGAAGGAUAUUUUAACAAGCAGAAAAUUUAAACUAUUUAAGCACCUCAAAGAUUAAUGAAUGUAGCUACAUUUUAUCAAGCAUUGGCUAUUGUCGAAAAUAACUGAACCCACUUUAUUUUCUAGUCCCUUCGUCACAAUCCUUUAAACACUUUGGAGGCCAAGCUGGCUAUAGAGAGUCCCUGAUUAUCAAAACUCCUCUGAGACCCUUAGCAAUCCAAACCUGACCACCGGUGAUGUGUAUUUUUUGUUGCAAGAAUGCUGGGGUGGGGAGAUGCUGUGUCCCCCAGUCCUUUCUGGGACUGGGGGACACAGUCCCAUGAAAGCACAUCUCUCAGUCCUUUCUUAUGCCAAUAUUUGUGAAAUCAUGGGUCUUAAAAUAUAGUAGAUGAUCCUCAUGUCAGCAGGUCACUGUUGCCACCAAGGUGUUGAGUGCCCUCCCCUGUCCUUGCUGUUAACUGCUUUUGUCACCUUGCUGAUCUUAUUUGUGAAGAUUGAAGUAAAAAAACCACAAAACUUCAGUCUUCUCUGCCUUACCCAUUAUUAAAUUGCCCUGUGUGCCCGGUUCACUUGGAGUCGAGCUGAGCACCUCAGAGCAUCGGAUGACAAAUCAUUUUGGUCCUUCAGACUAAAAAUAGGUGUUGCAUUUGUCCUAGGAGAAAAAGGGUUUUUUUUUCCCACUGCCCUAGACAUGUGCAAAUCCACCGUCCCUGAAAUAUGCAGGACAGUGUGCUAUCGGUUUUUCCCUGGACUUUGAAACAUUUGCUUGUAAGGUGAUAGCAGGUUGUUCCCUUACAAGCGGUGUGCUCUCGCUGGCCACCCACUGGUGGAAGAGCAGCAAUGCUGCACCUGUUUUGAUCUGGGUCAAAGUCAGAUCUGCCUCAAAUGCAGUGUAGAUUUAUUGCCUGGCAAAGGGAUGUUGGUUCAGGGACAAAAGAUAAAUGCCUGAAGAAGUGCCUUGAAAUAAUAAAUACAUAGGAAAGUUGUUUUGUUCUGAAGAAGUAUAUUAGAAAUAAUUCAUGAUCCUAAUGUGAAUCGGUGUAGACAUCAUAAAUGUGCAGUGCUGCUGUUGAAUCAUAGAGUAGGGCUGGAACAGGCUUCCGGAGUCAUCUAGUCCAACCUGCUGCUUGAAGCAGGAUCACCCCUAACCAAACCAGACACAACCCAAGACAACACGGUAAUCUGCUAAAGGGAAAGCAGCAGGGGGACCAUGGUUGCAAACAUACCGCUGCUAUAAAAGUUGUUAAAAUAGGCUUGAGAAAUCCCAGGAAAAGGGCCAUGCUCCCUGCUACAGAGGAAGUCAAAAUGCCCCACUGACUGUACCAAUCUGACCAUGGUGUAAAAUUUCUUCCUGACCUCAAAUAUGGCGAUAGGUCUUACCCUGAGCAGAGGGGCAAGGGCCUCUAGCCAGGAACCUCCAGCAAGUCGCAGCAGGAGCAUUGGCACAGCCCAAAAUCCCCAGCCUUGGUUGCAGCCAACACUAAUGCCUCUAAGAAAGGGUUAAAAAACCCCAAACCCCUAAUACAUGUAGCAGAAGGAGAGGGGAAAAAUCCCUCCCAUCCCUAUGCGGCAACCAGCCAAACCCAGCUGCAAGGAAAAUGCAUGUAGGAAAACAUAAGCAUAGCUGCACCUAGAUCAUCCCCGACCAGUGCCUGUCCCACCUCUUCUUGAACACCUCCAGCGAGGAAGACUCGGCACCUUCCCUAUUAUUCUGCUGCCUGUCACUGUGUGUGACUGCAGCCUUCAGAGGCUACGUGAUCCAUGUUUUUUGCUCCCUCAUCCCCACCCAGGGACGACGUUUCUGAAAUAACCUUUCGAGCCUUAGGAUUUCAUCAAGCAUUUCUUUUCCAAAUUGAUGUCUGGGCUUUUCAUGCAUCUGUAUCAGUCUGUUUGACCCCUGCAUGCAGGUAUGUUCCACUCACCCAUGGAUUUGUGAUUCAUUUUAUAGCUCGAGGAAUGACGAGUUUACAUUUUUCAGACAGUGUCUAAUUAUCAGUUCCUCUGCUUUCCUUUACAAUGUUGCCAGUGCUGAGUUCUUUUGGUGGAAGUAUAUCUAUCUCUUCUGUUUUCUAUUUUUUCUCUUCGAUAGGACAAUAAUGGUUAUUCACAAUACGUGGCUGUGUUUUACCCACUUCAUUGUCCGUGCUGGGUUUUGGGCCAGCCCUGGUACUCUGAACCCUAAUGAGAGCUUGUUAAUGUUCCUGGCAUUAGUGUGGGGCGGGAAUGGGACAUUUUUGGGUGGGCCUGUAAAACAGAUAUGUUUCCUACAAACACAGCAUAUUCCGUGAUCAGUGUUUUGGGCCAUGAGGAUAUGUGGGAAUCGGGGAGAACUCCUCAGGGUACGCCAAGGUUAAUGGACUCCUUUGUGUCAAAGUUGGUUCAUCUCCACGUCCCCUUUCCCCAGGGCUCCCUUGCAGAAAUGCCACGUGGCUGCUUGCCCUGGGGUUUCUUCAUAGUAGUUUAAAUAUUCACUGCUUAAAAAGGCAGGGGUGCUGCAGGCUGCUGCUUCCCGGAGGAAAGAAACAGCAGCAUCUUAAUUUUGCGUUCAUCCAGACAAACUCAGUAUUCAGAACUACUGGGCAGGACUUCAUGGGCUGAAGCAAGACCAUGUUGUCACCUAAUAUCUCUGUGCCUUGCUUUCUCCACCUUCCCAUCUACGAAGAAAGCCGCUGUGAUUUUAAGUACACGGCGUUGCUUAUGAAUGGGAUUUUAACGUACACAUCAGCUAUUAAAAUCAGACCAAAAAUUCAUUAGUGGGCCAACAUAUUUGUAAAUGGAGAAAUAAUACCAGAAAUAGAAAGUCUGGAUAUUUAUAGAAGUGCCUGCAUACAGCUUGCUUUUGUCGCACACCGCGCACUAAAGUAACCUCCCAGUCUUAUGCACUUGUGAAAUUCUCAGACUUGUUUCGUCAUAAUUUGUUUGCGUGUGCGGUGUUGACAGAAGCCAUAUACCCAUAUUUAUUCUAAAUGCAGUCACCUGCAAUGGCAUGGGUGUCUCUUCUCCCCUUUUUCUAUUCAGAAGGAGAUUUGAAUCCUGGAUUUAUAUUUAAAAAAAUAACCAAUAAAUUGUAUAAGUUGCACCUUGUUCUCUUCUGCAUUUUCAUAUGAAAAUAUCAUGGUUAGGCCUGUUAAUAACCAUGCAAAUAUUUGCAUUAUUUUCUAUCCAUUCUGAUGUCAGUCCUUUUGAAGGAGGGACAUGUUUUCUAGCCAUUGUAGGAAUUGUCACCUUUUUUAAAAAAAGAUUUAUUUUUUUUUGCUACUUUUGGAAACACGACAAAAAUAAAGACAAAAGAAAAGCAUGGGCUUGAGUCUGCUUCUUCUGUAUCAGAGCACUGGGUAUUAUAGGAACAUAUGUUAUUGGGAGACGUUACUGGACAGUGCUUCGAUUUACUUGCAAAUCUCCACCUGGGAAUAUUCUUUUGAAGCACCCCUGAGCACGGAGCGGUGUGCAGGUCCUUCUCCACCCCAUGGAGAUCCCUGAUGAUGGUGCUUCAGAAAGGUAGGAUUCCUCUUCAGGUCUUCUUGGCAAGAGGGAGCCUUCUCUUCCUACUGCUUUACUGCCUGGCAUGUAGGCGGUAGAGUAGGGCCAGGGCCUUACCUGCUCCCUACCCACUUGCCCUGGGGAGGAGUGUACUAGAUGUUCAGCCCCAGUCCUGCCUCUUCCCAUGCCCACAGAUCCAAGUAAACCCUGUGUGGCUGCGCAGAGUUGAGGCCUGCCAGCCUAACUCCUCUAUGC